GUACUUCGUUAACAGCGAUGAUCGAAUCUUGGACAGAGGAAUUACGAAGAAAUUUAUUAGAAAGGGAUAGUAAACAACGUAUUAAUGAAUCAUACGCAGAUAAUUAUAAGAGACUAUUACAGCAAUAUCAUAUUAUAAAGGAGCAGAAUGACACUCUCAUUAAGGCUUCAGAGGAACCUUCUACAGAUACCAACCUUAGUUCUACCAAUGGAAAUAAACUACAAGCUGCGCUAGUACACUCACUACAACAACAACUACACUCUACAAGAGACGAACUCACGAAUCUCUACAAAGGUCAGAAUCAAUCCUCACAGCGGCUCCUAGAAAUGAACGAAACAUUACGAGAAAGAGACGAUAAUCUACGGGCUAUUGAAGCUGAAAAUCUCAGUUUAAAAGCUUCGGUCUCUAGAUUAUCGAAAGCCAGAGAGGAUGACGUUGAAGGUAAACGCGAGCGUGAAAGGGGUAUGGAAGCCCUCCAAGAUGAAAUAACAACUCUCCGAUUAGAACUAGAACAGAUAGAAAUACGUAAUCAAAAUCUCAAGAAUGAUAAUGCCGCACUAAUCCAACGUUGGUUGGAUAGAAUGAAUCAAGAAGCUGAUAAAAUGAACGAUGCUAAUGAAACGAUCCCAAUAUCAAACAAUGCGGGUGCAACGACUGAUUUGGAUACCGAUAAUACAGAUGAUGAUUUCACAGAUUUAGAUAAAUAAUUAGUUUAUAUCACGUAUUCGGCUACAACUUGUGCUGUUAUUAAGACAAAGACUGAUAAUGCGAGAUCAUCUAAGAAAUGACUGGCUAUUUUAAGCCAUCUGAAUAUGUUCACUAUAUACUCUGGUACUAAGGGUGAAUCUAAAAGUGCGGUCAUCCAUCCAGGAAGUUUUGGUAGACGGUUAGAUGGUGGUGAUAAAUGACUUGUGAGAACAUAAAAGAAGAUUUGAAGUGGUAAGAGUGUUGACCAUAAUGGAAAGAAUUCUAUACCUGCUGCUGAUCCUUCCUGGAGCCUCUUCUCGGGAUCUGCACUGGCCAGAACUGAGAAUGAUUCGUGCCAGGGGAGGAGAGAAGAGUGCAUGACAGCAAAUACAGUUAAACUAAUAACUGAGAUAACUCUAAAGACCCUUAUAAUUGCUAACAAACGAGCGUUUUUGUUGCUAUCCUCCACCCUGGAAGGUGUAGUUGGCUGUUGAGCGAGUAAUUCUUCGAGUGAUGGUACGGUUGGGAUAUCAUCGCUUCUUUUUUGUAAUAGAGUUUGAAAUGCAGCUUCAUUUGCUACCUCAUCAUUUUCCUGAUUAGCGAUUUGUUCAACUUUGGCCAAAUCGACAUCGUCUGGAUCGUCGCUGGCGACUACUUUUGGUGGCGUGUUCGUCUCUGUACUCUUCGUAGCUUUCUGUGGUACUUGAUAAUUACUUUGUCAGCUCUAAGGAAUAUAUGAGAUAACUAUCUACCUACAAUCGCUAACAACUCUAUCAUUGGAUCCACCUGUCAGUCUAGCCAAUCUGUCUGAACUCUUCGCUAGCAAUCUCUCCUGUCUUUUCUGCGCUCUUAGCUGAG